AUAUUGAUAAUUUUGAGUACCUAUUAAUGUAUGUUUUCAGUUUAUUAUAAUAUAGUGCAAAGCAGAUGUUGAUAAAUGAAUCAAUGAAGAUAGCAAUAAUAGUUUGCAUAUACUUGUAUCACACUUUUGUUCUAGGAUUAAAAGAAGUUCGAAUUCAAACACCCAUGGCUGUUAAGAAAGGAGACAAUGCUACAUUAUACUGUUUGUAUGAUUUAGAGACAGAUCCAUUGUAUAUUGUGAAAUGGUAUAAAUCAGGAAGGGAAUUUUACCGCUUUGUUCCCCAAGAACAACCUGCGAUUAAACUAUUUCCAGUGGGCAACAUACAUGUCAAGGAAUCAGAAAGCAAUUCAACUCAAGUUACGUUAAUAGAUAUUGACGUUGAUGCUGCAGGUUCAUUUAGUUGCGAGGUGUCGGUUGAUGCACCUUUAUUUCAAACAGCAGUUGUAUCUGGAUCUAUGAAUGUUGUGGAGCUACCUCUACAAAGGCCCGUUAUAAGUGGAUUGAGAAGCAAAUAUCGUGUUGAUGAUGUUUUGAAGUUGAAUUGCUCAUCAAGUUAUAGCAGACCAGUAGUUAACUUAACAUGGUACAUGAAUGAUCAAAAUUACAGGAAACUUUGCAUAGAUCUUGACAAAGGGGUUUUAGUUAUAAGGAACGAAUACGUUGAAUUCAUAGUGAUCUACAUGAAGAAAAAAAAAUUUUUAGGCAUGAUUAGAAAUUCAACAGAACUGGAAGAAUUCAAAGGAAAAAAUUAUUUUUUCACCUUACACUUCAUGGCCUACACCCAAAUAAUUUUAAAGUGUCCUUGCAAACUCGUCAACAGGCCUACUAACACCCAUGCCACUCAACAUGAUACCAACGAUAUUUUCAGGGGUUACAGCCUCGUUCAAUUGGCUAUAAGACUACUAUCACUGCUCACGCCACCUCUUUUACUACAGAACUAUGGACACAGCUCUAGCGAUCCCCAUCAGCAUCACUGA